AUGUGUAGACUUUCUGGUUAUCACAUCAUGAUAGUCUCGAAGUACUUAAAGACCAUCAUAGACUUUAUUAAGUUGGAGUUGGUAUGCAAGAAGUUUGGUGGCAAUAUGGAGAAGUUUUACUUCAACCCGAUUCCGUUAAAUUCCAAAACAAUUAGGUACUUCCCAAACAUUGAGACACUUCAUUUUUAUAAUGACGAUGAGAAUUUUGGCAAUGGAUUUAUGAUCAACACAAAAGAAAAUGAAGAUAGUGAAGUUGUUUUAAGAGAGUUUUAUCGAAUCAUUGUGUGGUUCAAUGUUGACUUUGAAACAAUUAACAGAAACAAAAGUCGAAACAUCGAGUUUAAAAAUGUUACUUACACUCAAAAUGAUAGAAAGAAAUUUGGUAAUAAUAUACCACAAACCGUGAUAUCAAUUGGGAAUGACUGUUUCAGUGGAUGUAGUAGUUUGAGCAGUAUUACAAUACCAUUAAGUGUUACAUCAUUUGGUGAUCGUUGUUUCAGUGGAUGCAUUAAUUUAAAUAGUAUUACAGUACCAUUUGGUGUAACAUCAAUUGGUAAUGGUUGUUUCUAUGGAUGCAGUAAUUUGAUAAGUGUUAACAUACCAUCAAAUUUGACAUCAAUUAAUAAUUUUUGUUUUGAUGGAUGUAGUAGUUUAAGCAGUAUUACGAUACCAUUAAAUGUGACAUCAAUUGGUUAUAUGUGUUUCUAUAAAUGCAAUAGUUUAAGCAGUGUUAUAAUACCAUCAAGUGUCAAAUAUAUUGGUGAAGAUUCUUUCCCAUCAAACACAGUAGUUUAUCGAAGCAAAUGA